CCUCCGCCUUCAAAAUUGUCAGAACAUGAAAAGCGUCACUUCCCCAGUCUCGUCCCCAUAGACCAAAUAAACAUCCCUUUCCCCGGUUCGGUCGGACUCGCCUGAGGCACUGGACUUAUUCUACCUCUGUGCUUUCUUUUAUCCUUCUAUAAUAAAUAAUUACACACUAUCUCCCGUGACACCAUGAGGACGUCAGCUUUGGUUGCUGCUUCGGCCGGCACGGUUCUUACCGGCCUGUUGGCUUAUGCCAUUUACUUUGACCACAAGAGACAGACCGACCCCGAGUUCCGCAAAUCGUUGAAGAGAAACAACCGUCGUCUGGCGAGAGCUGUGAAGGAGGAAGCCGAGGCUCAAGGAGCCCAGGAACGGGAAUCCAUCAAGAAGUCUGUCCAGCAGGCUCAGGAUGAGGGUUUCCCGACCGACCUUGAGGAGAAGGAGGCUUAUUUCAUGGGCCAAGUUGCCCGGGGAGAGUCUCUCUGCGCUGAAGGCUCAGACAAGGUUGAAGCCGCCCUGUGCUUCUACAAGGCCCUUAAGGUUUACCCUCAACCUAAAGACCUGAUCUCCAUAUAUGACAAGACUGUCCCUAAGGAAGUCCUGGAAAUUCUGGCCGAGAUGGUUGCUAUGGAUGCGGCUUUGAAGCUGGGCACAUUCACUGGCGAAGGUGGCAGUGCUGAAUCCAGCCAUGGUGUCGAGUAAAAGAACAGACGUGACGCAUUCAUUGGAUCCGGACUCGCGCCCUCGGCAUUGUCAAUCAUCCAACCCUUUUUCGUAUAAAAUAAGAACUUUGCUUGGCCUGUGAUCUGGCUUUCUCAGGUCGUCGGGUCACGCUGGGCCGUGGUCCGGACCCUUUUUCUCUUGCUUUUGCGCUACUAAUCCAGUCGAAAAGACCAAUCGAUCUCUGUGAGGAUUGAUUCUUUUCAACAUUUUCGCCUUGCGAUGUCGCACUCUCUCCCUCUCCGCUUAUUAUUUGUUACCUUUUUUUUUCUUAUUUCUCUUGUUCCCUGUAUAUUUGCAUCAUUGCCCAUGUCUUGGCCGCCGGCGUGGCGGACUCUCUUGGUAUUUCUCGGCGCCAUGACUUUUUGUUUCUCAUUUUUCUCAUUCGGUUAUUCACCCCCUUUUUCACCAGUCUUGGGGGUUUCUUGGGACAUGGACAAUUCUUGGGUUACAGGCGCCAAUUAUUCCUUCUCCCCAAGUGCUUCUCCUGACGGGUAACAUUUGGGACUGUAUUCUAGAGAGGCAGUAGUGUAUCAACAGUGAGCAAUUCAACGUGGAUUGAGAUGCAAAA